GGACCUUAGCGAAGAGCUUCAGUCAAGUUUUGCGAGUGGAAGAAGACGCUUCAGCUUUUCGCUGCGCGGCGGAUAAACCACUGUCGACACGCUGCUUUUAUAUUUGGGGAUAUUUUAACCGCGGUGUUCGACACUGAGGACAUAAAAAGGCACAAGCGAGACAAUCGAAGCGAUCUGUCGCUUUUAAACGCCUCCCCCUCCCCCCAAGUCAUAGAAGCCCCCCCCCCCAGUCACCCAGAUAACAUGGGCGAAUUCUACGACCAGCAAGUCCCUUUUAUGGUCCCACCCAGUCAGCACAAGUCGCGCGUGGAGGAACCGUCUCACCUCAGGCCUCUGAGCGACAGGAAAAGGAAAUUUGUGGACACAGAACUUGCCCAGGACACAGAAGAACUUUUCCAGGACCUCAGUCAGCUGCAGGAGAUCUGGAUCGCAGAAGCCCAGGUGCCUGAUGACGAGCAGUUUGUCCCAGAUUUCCAGUCAGAUAACUUGAUGUUUCAUGGCCCGCCGCCAGCCAAGAUCAAGCGAGAGCUGACGCCCUCCAAAGAGCUCUCCCCCUGUCGCCAGGACAGGAGCCCCAUGCCCUACGGGGAGAAGUGCCUUUACAGCUACAGUGCCUGCGACAGGAAGCCCACUCCUGGGUUCAAGCCAUUAACCCCCCCCUCCACGCCGGUCUCUCCGUGUGGCCCCACCAGCACGGCGGGAGCGCACCCCCUGGGCGAGCAGACCCCUCCCCCGCCUCACCCCCGAGUAGCCAACCCCAACAUAGGGCCGCGUCCGGUGCACCUACAGCAGCCUAUCACGGCCAGCGCAUGCGCCCCCAGCCAGCAGGCACUGCCAGUCCACAGCCACAGCCCGCCGUUCGCCGUGCCCUGCGCUCCCAUCAGCCAGGAUGCCACCAGCUUCACACCUGAGCACAGGUUCCAGAGGCAGAUGUCGGAGCCAUGUCUACCUUUCCCCCCCUCAGAGAGUCGGCCCCAGUUCUUGCCUCAGCCUCCCAGCAGCAGCAGCAGCAGCAGCCGUGACGGACGGCCUCCGUACCAUCGGCAGAUGUCGGAGCCCUUGGUGGCCGUGCCUCCACAGGGCUUCAAGCAAGAGCUCAUCGACCCACGUUACUCCGAGCAGGGCGUCCCCACCAUGGGCCCUCCGUGCCAGCCCGCUUUCCACACCAUGGCCAUCAAGCAGGAGCCGCGAGACUUCUGCUUCGAUUCUGAAGUGCCUAACUGUCAGUCGACCUUUGGGCGAGCGGGGAACUUCUACCAAAACAGCCACGAAGGCUUCUCCUUCGACAGAGAUCCUCAGCUCUACUUUGAUGACACCUGUGUGGUCCCUGAAAGAUUAGAAGGCAAAGUGAAGCAGGAGCCCUCUGUGUACCGCGACGGGCCUCCGUACCAGCGCCGCGGCUCCCUGCAGCUCUGGCAGUUCCUGGUCACGCUGCUGGACGACCCGGCCAACGGCCACUUCAUCGCCUGGACCGGCCGCGGCAUGGAGUUCAAGCUCAUCGAGCCCGAGGAGGUGGCUCGGCGUUGGGGAAUCCAGAAGAACAGACCGGCCAUGAACUACGACAAGCUGAGCCGCUCGCUGCGCUACUACUACGAGAAGGGCAUCAUGCAGAAGGUAAAGGUGGCAGGUGAGCGCUAUGUGUACAAGUUCGUGUGCGACCCCGAGGCCCUCUUCUCCAUGGCCUUCCCCGACAACCAGCGGCCCAACCUGAAGGCCGACCCGGACAGCGUGCCGGGGCUGGACGACGACACGGUGCCCCUGACCCACUACGACGAGGCGGCGCCGUACCUGCUGGACGGCGGCGAGCAGUGUGUGGCGGGUCUGCCCUUCCCAGACGGCUACGGCUACUAACCGGCAGCAGCGGCGUCCCGACGCACCACACGCAUGUACACGACACUCCCAAAGUACCGACGCCCACUCUUCAAGUCCAGAGCUGGACCCGCCGGGCCACGUGGAAGGACCCGCUCCCUCUCCUGCUCCCUGGAAAACCUUUGUAAAGCUCCCCAGCUCAGAACGGGAGGAGUCGACCUGCAACGGCUCCAUCCUACCAGCGAGAGAGGGUUGUGAAACCAGAGAGACAGACUGGACUCCAGCGUUUGCCCUCCUUCCAAGCUUCCUAACACAAGCCGAGGGGCUGCUGUUGCUAUGGAGACCCAGCGAAGCGAGGCCGCGGCCCCCGCUAACUUUUAAAGAACUGACAGAGCCUCUGUUGUUACCGGUCGUUGUGACAAUCUGCUUUUCUUAGAAACAAUCAAAUCGGCAUCAGAGUAACAACGUAAAAAAUAAUCUUUUAAAUGCAGAGAUAUCCUAGUUGCCUUUUUUGGGUCCCCACGUUUUCACGUCACCACAUCUGAACCACAAGAUCCGUAAAAAGGGCUUUAAUUUGCAAAAAACGGAUUAACAAGAAACAAAACACGACACAUUCAGAACCCACGAAUCAGUUUGUUUUCUGUAGAUAGAACUACAUUAUUGCUAUUGUUUGAGUUCUACAGGUCUUGCUGUAUUUCAGGCUUUUUGGUUGGGCUGCUCUCGUGUAAAUGUUCUUUAAUCGUUCUGACCAUGUAGGCGAUUGUAUCUGCUUCCCUUUAGACACUCUGGGGUAGAAGCCCAGAGACCUCCACCUUCUGUUCACCACCGCUGGUCGUAGUGGAGGUGAUUAGCACUCCACCUCCUCCAUUUCAAAAGGGACACAUUAAACACACAUCUGAGUAUUUUCCCACACGCCUGAGGUGUUCUAAUGUAUGAUAAAUGGUCAUAUUGCUCCUUUUUUAAUGUGUUUUUUGUAUUUCUGUCCGGGUGCUUGACGUUUCCUCGGCAGUGUACUCGUUUCUCGAUGCACCAGUUUGGCAGGAGCAUCCAAUCGUUGCAUGCAGAAAACAACAGACGGGGGUGAAGCUUCAGGCACAGGCUGUCAGCUGAAGACCUCUGCUUCUCUUUGCAUGGUGUAACCAGUCAAGGCCGCGUGUCCACUAACAUAUCGCUCCACGGUCUUUGGACAAAGAAGAUGUUUGUGAUUUCUCUGCAUUUUUCUGUGUGCGUGUGUUUGUUUUCUGUUUCUGAAUGGGGGAAAGGACAAAACCUUUGAACUGUAAAGUAUCUAUUUUUGCUAUAAGGCUGCAUUUGUUUUGACUUUAUGUAUAAGCUGUAUAGUUCUGGCUGUUCUAGGCAUACCUUUAAAAAAACUGCAGACUGUUUCUUUAAGAGGCCUCUGUACUGGGUUGGACUGGAUCAGAAGAGGUUGUUAGUAGAAGUCAGCGUGUGUGGGGCCACAGUGAACACAGGUCCUGGGAUCCAUCCCUCACACAGGGAUCGUCUGCACUUGUACAGGCUUCAGUCCCCUCACAAUGUGUUUCUUACACUGCUGAGUUUAUGAUUAUCUGUACUGGGUACAAUAAACGGUCCUCCACGCUUCA